AUGGACCAGUCUUAUUCAUCUAUGGAUAUCUCUUUCUUUCAUUGCAUCCUUUUUUCUUCCAUUUUAGUCUUUUCUGUACAAUCUAUCUCAUCUGUUCUAUCUAUCUAUCUAUCUAUCUAUCUAUCUAUCUAUCAGUCUGCUCAUUUCCUUUCUUUUUUCUUUCUUUCUCAGUCUGUUCGUUAUCUAUCUAUCUAUCUAUCUAUCUAUCUAUCAGUCUAUAUUUCCUUUCUCUUUCUAUCUAUCAAUCAUCUUCUAUCUAUCUAUCUUUCUUUCUUUCCUUUCUUUUUCUUUUUCUUUCUUUCCAGUCUGUUCGUUAUCUAUCUAUCUAUCUAUCUAUCUAUCUAUUUCUAUCAGUAUUUUCAUAUUUCCUUUCUUUUCUUUCUUUCUCCAUCUUUCCUUUUUUUUUUUUAUCUAUUUUCUCAUCUGUUAUUUAUCUAUCUAUCUAUCUAUCUAUCUAUCUAUCUAUCUAUCAUUUUGCUUUCUUUCUUUUUUCUUUCUUUUCCUUUCUGUUCUAUCUUCUAUCUAUCUGCUCAUCUAUCUUUUUUUCUUUCUUUCUCAGUCUAUUCAUUAUCCUAUCUCUCUCAUUUCCUUUCUUUCCCAUUUCUUUCUUUAUCUUUCUUUCUUUCUCUUUUCAGUUUAAUUCUUUCUCAAAACUAUGAUCUAUCAAUCUAUCUAUCUAUCAGUCUGCUCAUUUCCUUCCUUCAAUCUUUCUUUCUUUCAUCUCUAUCUAUCUAUCUAUCUUUCUAUCUAUCUAUCUAUCUAUCUAUCUGCUAUCUAUCUAUCUUUCUUUCUUUUUCUUUUUUUUUUUCUUUCUUAUCUAUCUGUUCGUCUAUCUAUCUAUCUAUCAAUUAUUUCUUUUUUUCUUUCUACUUUCUUUCUUUCUAUCAUCUUAUCUAUCUAUCUAUCAUUUCUUUCUAUCAUUUUUUUUUUUUCUUUUCUUUCUUUCAGUCUAUUCGUUAUCUAUCUAUCUAUCUAUCUAUCUGCUCAUUUAUCUUUCUUUUUUUUUUUCUUUCUUUCUCAGUCUAUUCGUUAUCUAUCUAUCUAUCUAUCUAUCUAUCUAUCAAUCUGCUCAUUUCCUUUCUUUUUUCUUUCUUUCUCAGUCUAUUCGUUAUCUAUCUAUCUAUCAGUCUGCUCAUUUCCUUUCUUUUUUCUUUCUUUCUCAGUCUGUUCGUUAUCUAUCUAUCUAUCAGUCUGCUCAUUUCCUUUCUUUUUUCUUUCUUUCUAUCUAUUCAUUGUCUAUCAUUUUCUUUCCUUUCUUUUUUCUUUCUUUCUCAGUCUGAUAUUCAUCUAUCUAUCUAUCUAUCUAUCUAUCUAAAUCUUUCUUUCUCAGUCAGUUUCUUAUCUAUCUAUCUAUCUAUUAUCCUUCCUAAGGAUCCCUUUUCAUUUCUUUCUUUCUUUCUUUCUUUAUCUUUCUUUUUCUUUCUUUUUCUUUCUUUUUCUUUCUUUCUUUCUUAUUAG